CACCUCACGUUUAAUGACGCAUCUGGUGCAAAGGGUUUGGCGAAGAAAACAAAGGGUCAAAUAGACUCGCACAGUUACAACCUCUGCUAAUGCACCUGUAUGGCGCUCUAGAUGGGCACGCUCUACCUGUGUUAAACGUAGGUCAACUUGAUGACAUCACAGUUCAGCUCGCGUUGGAUGUAGUUGAAAACGGCAAGCAGAGGAACGAACCGCUUGAAAGUGAAGCCCCCUGCGAGGGUUUAAAACAGGCGAUUGAGUUCUUGUUUCCUCGCGUGGCUGUAAUCUAUCGCGCGCGCAAGCGUCAAUAAUGCGCUUUGAUUAAUGGCAUUAAAAUGCCGUUAUAGCAAUACAUCGAUAAUUAAUCAUUUACGCCGUUAUCACCCAGGGAAAUAUAUCAGAUAUCCUUUGUACCAGUUGGGUAACCCUCAGCUGAGAAUAUUCCGGCCCACCUUCAAUCUGACCCUGGUCAGACCGGGCAAAGAACAGCCGCCUGAUACAGUACAGUUUCGCAUUCCUUUAGAAAUGACCAAAUUUGAUGUGAGAAACUAUCUAGAGAAGAUCUACAGUGUUCCUGUUGCAGCCAUACGCACAAGGAUCCAAUACUGUACAAACAAGAAAAGAAACCACUUAAACCAGCGGGUGAAGAGGCCAGAUUACAAAGUGGCAUACGUUCAACUGGCUCAACAGCAGACUUUCAAGUUUCCAGAUAUCUUUCCAGAGAAAGACAAGAAGCACGAGGAAGGCUCUGUUGAGGAGAUGCAGGAGAAGUUCAUGGAGGACGAGCGUCAGAGGCAGAAACCAGAUCCCAGAAGAGGUGGAGUCACCGAGUGGUUUGGCCUAUAGACAGACAAGCGUUGAAUGAAGAAUGACUUCAGAGACGCAACAGCUGAAUAAAGAAUGUGGUGUAUUUUAGAUUAUGUAUUUGUGCAGGAAGAGCCAUUUACAGUGAUCUGACUGGCGUCCAUAGAGGGCCGUUUUAGCGAUCUGAUCUGACUCAAUGGAAAGUGAGACUGCCUUAAAUAAGACUUGGAAACCCAUAGCUCCCCCAGAACCUUGUACCUUGUCAAAGAGAUUUAAUGUCUACAUUGCAGAUGAUCACUCCAGAACUACGUCAUUAAAGUCUUUCAGGUGAUGUUCUCUUCCCACAGGUCUUCAAAACUUGCUUGAACAAAUGUCUUUGCAGAGGUCUUGCAGCACACAGGAUUCCUUUAGUAUAAAGUCCAUCCCACAUGUAUUCCCUAUCCCCUUGUGAAUGUUCAAGACCAUUCACGAACUACUUGCAGUAAAAACAACAAACUGAUGAAGUAGCUGCUUUCUCUGUAAGAAAUCAUAUUGUUACCUGUGUUCCUCAUGCUCUUGUGUAAACCUGCAUACUUCAUUUUCCAAUAAAACUGUACAACGUAA